CGGGAGUUCUGCAGCCGGAAGCUUGGAACCGGAGAUCGUUGGUUCAGAAGUUAAAGGCGGAUUUGGAAUAGUGUUUUUAAUUAUCCAAAAUAAAACCUUUUUGCUAACUGAAAACUAUAAAUUUCAAAAACUAGCGGCUGGUUCAAAAGUUUUGAAUACCAAAAAAAAAGAAAACCCCAAAAGAAGCGCCAAAAAGAAAAUCGAAAAAAAGACCGCAAAGAUGGCACAAGAGACGGAUACGGUGGCGGCAGCCAAGAAUCAGCACCCGCGGGACCAUAUCGAUGAGGAUGAAGUCAGCGAACUGCACAAGUCGCGCAACUUCUACGAUCGGGUUCGGGAGCAGGCAGAGCGAUUUGCCAGCACCGAAAUUGGCCAAUUCGUGAUCGAAAGGGCUGAUAGGGCUCUGGUGAUGAUCGAGGAUACGGCCAAGUGGAGUCUGCCAGUUGAAAAAUCUUCUGCUCCUUUGGAACGUCCUUUGCCAUGGGCACCCUUUCUCAUGCUCAUCAUCCUGCUGCGACUCACUCGUAUUUGGUUAUCGGUGGGGGCCUUAAUGAUCGGCAAUGGUCCUAUAUCCCCCUCCGACAUGGUCUACUUCAUACAGACCAGACGACGCAAAUUGCGCGCCAUCCGAGUUCAUGGCCUGAAGGUUAUGAGGCAUCGUCAGCAAGAAUCUUCCUACGGCAGUGGCAAGGGUCUCACAAAGAAGCUCACCCAGUGGUUUUCGCGAGCCAUGUGCCGUCCAGGAGUUCAGCAGGAUAGCAGCAGUCGACGGGUGUUUGUACGUCACUCAGAGCAGGGUCUCAGCAGCUCCGUAGUUAAGCGUCCACGGGAGGAAGACUGCAAUAUCGAUGCCGAUCACAACUUAACCAUCGAUCAGAUGCUAGCCAAGUAUGCCAAUGCAAACUCCGAAGACGACUCCGACUUCGUGCCUAAUGAAGAAGAGGAUAAGAGCAGCAGCAGCAGCAGCAGCGGGGAUAGUGAUUCCGAAUCUGGCUCCAGCGAGGGCAUAAGCAGCGGUGAGACGGAAGACCUUAUCGACCAGGUCAAGCCAAAACCAGCUGGAACUGUUGUGGAGAAUGGAGUGCACAAGGCUGAGGAGAAGGAGAAGGAGAAGGAAAAUGAUAAGGGAAAACUGAACAUAAAGACAACCAGCAAUGGCAACAACGACAAGGAGCAGGCGGAAGUUGCUGUUGCUGCUACUGCUGCCCAGCAGAAUGAGGAUUGGAAAUCAUCGCCGGGACACAUUAACGCCGCCAUGACGAAUUCUCGACUUUACAACAAUACCGCCGCUGCAGCCAGCACUGAUCCUGAACCAGAGCCUGAACCUGAACCUGAACCAGAACCUGAAACCCCAUCCGAACCUCCAUCCCAAUCCCAAGCCGAAAACGAUGAAUCCGACGACGAUGAGGAAGAUAGUUGCAGUACCAGUGGCAGUAGUCAAACCGGGAGCACUGUCUACCAACGGGAUGUCCAGACCAUUGAGACCCAGCCAGAUACCCAAGCCGAACAGAUCCUUGAGGUCGCCGCCACACUAACUGCUUUACAACUAUCCAAUUAUCCCACAGUCGACACCCUAACUCCUGCAACCUCCUCCGAAGAUAUAUUCUAUAGCCCUAUCGGUUCACCCACUUGCUUCAAUACUAGCCUAGGUACCCAGGCUCAACAUAAGAAGGCCAGCAUCCAAACCGUCCUGGCCCACUCCACGCCCACUUUGGUGCCAAAAGAUCAAGCCACUGAAGAGGUUGCCCAAAUACCUGAACCCGAGAAACCUCAGCCUCAGCCUCAAAUUCCGAAAGAGAUCCAUCAGCAAAACCAGCAACAACGUCAGCGCAAUCAUUCCCACCAACAACGCUAUCGUGGACGCAAUCGUCGCUAGUCUUUGGAUCUAUAUCUAUAUCUAUCUAUUAUAUACUUCGAUUUUCCUCCUAGCUAGCUACUUUUUUCUAUUUUUUUACAUUCCCAUAUUGUUAGUGAAUACUGCGAGUAAAUCUCUGAACUUAA